AGUCCCGCAGUAGAAUUUCUGCUCCGAAAAGUGCCACUUCCGGCCGAUUCCACGAUCCUUUUCCGUUUUGCCUCGCGUCCGUCAGUCGAUCUUAGACAUCAAUCAUGGGGAAGGGAAAUAAUAUGAUUCCAAAUGGCCAUUUCCAUAAGGAUUGGCAGCGAUAUGUGAAGACCUGGUUUAACCAACCGGCGAGGAAGAUCCGUCGCAAGCAAAAACGUGUCAAGAAGGCACGAGCUCUUGCCCCUAGGCCUGUAAAACUUCUAAGACCUAUUGUUCAUUGCCCAACAUCUCGCUAUCAUAUGAAGGUACGUGCUGGCAAAGGUUUUACACUUUCCGAACUGAAGGCUAGUGGUCUGAACAGGAGAUUUGCUAGGACAAUCGGAAUUGCAGUCGAUCCUCGUCGUCGUACCAAGUCGAUUGAGUCUCUGCAAGCAAAUGCUCAGCGUUUGAAGGAAUACAAGGCUAAGUUGAUCCUCUUCCCUACAAAUGAGCAAAAGCCCAAGAAGGGUGAUGCAACUGAAGAAGAAAGGAAACUCGCAGUUCAGAUCAAGGGAGAACCUAUGCCUAUCCGACAUCAAGCACCCGCCAAGGCAAAGGCUCGUCCUAUUACCGAAGAAGAAGUUAAAUUCUCUGCAUAUGUAACCCUUCGUAAAGCACGAGCUGACAAGCGAUUAGCCGGUAUUCGUGCAAAACGCAUUAAGGACGCGUCAGAGAAUCCUGAUGAGGUGACUAAAGUCGCGAAAGAUAAAAAGGUUAAGAAGUAAUUUGUUAUAACAUCUUUUUUCCUUAUGUAUAUAUAAAAAUAAAAAUUUCCUCUGAUGGAAAA